GUUUAUUAAUAAGCAGAGAGAGAGUGUGUAUUUGUGUAUUUGUGUGUAUUUGUAUGUGUGUGUGUGUGUGUGUGUGUGUGUGUGUGUGUGUGUGGGUUUAAAGUAGUUUGUAGAGUUUUCUUCACUUUGUGUCCCGUCGGAGCGACAGAAGGAGUUUAUAGAGAUGGUGAGUCUACGGUGAUCCGGUCUGAUCCGAUCCUGCUCCACCGAGUCUCUCCGCUCCGAGUCUACACCAGAUCCAGGUUCACACACACACAGAGAGAAGAAGAAGAAGAAGAAGAAGAAGAAGUGGAUCCAGGAGACGUUCAUGAAUGUUAAAGUGAACCUCCAGUGAGAAGAGAAGAGGCUGUUGGAGCUGAAGUCUCUGAUUUCUAAUGAUGUCUUCCAUGCGAUCGACUCCUCCCUUCCAGCCUCCGUCUGAGGAGGAGGAGGUGCUGGAGGCGGGGGCGUGGCCCGGCGAGGAGCGGGACGUCCCGAAGGAGACGGCGUCCCCGUCCUCCCACCCAGACGAGCUGCAGCCAAUCAGAGAGAAGCUGGCCGAGGCCGAGUGGGAGAGCGCCGCGCCCGCUGCCAUGGACAACGAGAGCAGUAAAGGCUGCUCCGUCUACUCCUACCGGACUAACUCCACCUCCCCUCCCAAGCCGGAGGAGUGUUCCCGGGACCGCGGCGAGCCGAUGAUCAGCCUCGCCUUCGGGACGCCGGAGCGCCGCAAAGGAAGCCUGGCGGACGUAGUGGACACGCUGAAACAGAAGAAACUGGUGGAGCUGACCAAGACGGAGCAGGACGAGCCCAGCUGCAUGGAGCGCCUCCUGUCUAAGGAGUGGAAGGAGCGCGUGGACCGCCUCAACGCCAACGAGCUGCUGGGGGAGGUCAAAGGAACCCCAGAGUCCCUGGAGGAGAAGGAGCACCAGCUCUCCACCAUGAUCGGCCAGCUCAUCAGUCUGAGGGAGCAGCUCCUCUCCGCCCACGACGAGCAGAAAAAGAUGGCCGCCUCUCAGCUGGAGAAGCAGCGGCAGCAGAUGGAGCUGGCCCGCCAGCAGCAGGAGCAGAUUGCCAGACAGCAGCAGCAGCUCCUGCAGCAGCAACACAAGAUAAACAUUCUCCAACAACAGAUCCAGGUCCAGGGCCACAUGCCUCCUCUGAUGAUCCCGGUGUUUCCUCAUGACCAGCGUUCUCUGGCUGCAGCUGCUGCUGCUCAGCAGGGCUUCCUGUUCCCCCCCAGCAUGUCCUACAAGCCAGGAGAGAACUACCCCAUGCAGUUCAUUCCAUCGACCAUGGCGGCUGCAGCAGCGUCUGGCCUCAGUCCGCUACAGCUACAGCAGCUCUACGCCGCCCAGCUGGCCAGCAUGCAGAUCUCCCCAGGAGCCAAGAUGGCUCCUCUCCAGCAGGCCCCCAACUCCUCGGGGCCCCUCUCCCCCUCGGCCCUGAAGAGCGAGAAGAGAGCGUCCAGCCCCGUCGCUCACAUCAAGGAAGAAGGAUCCACGCAGCCGUUGAACCUCUCAGCCAGACCGAAGACGUCCGAGCCGCUCCGCUCGCCCUCCUCCCCCACACAGAGCCUCUUCUCUGGGAACAAGAGCAGCCCCACCGGCCUCAACAAGGGCCGCAUCCCCAGCCCCAUCAGCUCCAUGGGCAGGAACACCUCCCUGGACAUCCUGUCCAGCCUGAACUCCACGGCGCUGUUCGGGGACCAGGACGCCGUGAUGAAGGCCAUCCAGGAGGCGAGGAGCAUGAGGGAGCAGAUCCAGAGGGAGCAGCUCCACCACCACCACCAGCAGCAGCAGCAGCAGCAGCAGCCGGGGCACCACAGCCUGGAGGCCAAGCUGUCGGCCCUCAGCAGCAUGAGCCUCAACAACGACAGCAAGGUCAGACACACACACACACACACACACAGACACACACACACACACACACACACACAAAGACACACACACACACACACAGACCCUUGUGAUGGCAGACUCAGAGCAGGACCUGGUCUCAGUCUGGACCUGGUCUCAGUCUGGACCUGGUCUCCAGUCUGGACCUGGUCUCAGUCUGGACCUGGUCUCAGUCUGGACCUGGUCUUCAGUCUGGACCUGGUCUCCAGUCUGGACCUGGUCUCAGUCUGGUCCUGGACCUGGUCUCAGUCUGGACAUGGUCUUCAGUCUGGACCUGGUCUCAGUCUGGACCUGGUCUUCAGUCUGGACCUGGUCUCCAGUCCGGACCUGGUCUCAGUCUGGUCCUGGACCUGGUCUCAGUCUGGACCUGGUCUCAGUCUGGACCUGGUCUUCAGUCUGGACCUGGUCUCCAGUCCGGACCUGGUCUCAGUCUGGACCUGGUCUCCAGUCUGGACCUGGUCUCCAGUCUGGACCUGGUCUCAGUCUGGACCUGGUCUCAGUCUGGACCUGGUCUCAGUCUGGAUCUGGUCUCCAGUCUGGACCUGGUCUCAGUCUGGACCUGGUCUCCAGUCUGGACCUGGUCUCCAAUCUGGCACCUGUGAACACACUGUAGAGUGUCUGCUGCAGGGUGGAGGUCUACUGGUGGUGGUGUUCAGGGCUAUGAAUAGGAGGAAUGGUGAGGAGGAGGAGGAGGAGCAGGAGGAGGAGGAGUCAGUGAGUGACAGCUCUAUCGGGAGCAGUCUGAAGGAGAGGAGCAGUAAACGGUUGUGGUCAGGGAGUAACAUCACGGAGGCGAGGGUCUUCAGGGAGGCUCGGGGGAGGAACAACUCUGAGCCGCACAUCAAGAGGCCCAUGAACGCCUUCAUGGUCUGGGCCAAAGACGAGCGCAGGAAGAUCCUGCAGACCUUCCCCGACAUGCACAACUCCAACAUCAGCAAGAUCCUGGGCUCCCGUUGGAAGGCGAUGACCAACCAGGAGAAGCAGCCGUACUACGAGGAGCAGGCCCGCCUCAGUAAGAUCCACCUGGAGAAAUACCCCAACUACAAGUACAAGCCCCGGCCCAAGAGGACCUGCAUCAUCGACGGCAAGAAGCUGCGCAUCGGAGAGUACAAGCAGAUGAUGCGCUCCCGCCGCCAGGAGAUGAGGCAGUUCUUCGUGGGGCCUCAGCCCCCGAUGCCUCUGGGCAGCAGCCCGGGCGGAGUCUACCCGGGCGCCAUCACCAUGGCAACGACCGCCACAUCGUCCCCACAACUGACCUCAGACUGCUCCAGCGCCUCGGCCAGCCCCGAGCCCGCCAUCCCCGUCAUCCAGAGCACGUACGGGAUGAAGGCCGAGCCCGGCGGCGGCGUUGGCGGCGGCGGCGGCGGCAGCAACGGCGGCGGCCUGGCCGGCGGCCUGGACCUGCCCAGCGACCCCGCCAACGGAGACGACGACAUGGACAUGUACGAGGACUUUGAGGACGAGCCCAAGUCAGACUAUAGCAGCGACCACGAGACUCGGGAGGCCGUCAGCGCCAACUGAGGCCUCAAGGUUCAAAAAAAGAAAGAAAAGAGAGGAAACUAACUCCUGUUAUACUCAGAGACACUUUUUAAAAACACAGUUUAUUAUAGAGACCUUCAGGAGGACUUCAGGACAUGCGGCGCCCAGCACUGAGCGUGCCCAGACAGGAUUACACAGACAUGCUGAGAGAGGUCUGGAACAGGAUGGACGUCCAUCUGGAGACUGACGGGAAAAAUGUGACAACCUGAACAGACAUUUAGACGUUAUGAACUUCAGUUUCCUUCACUUCGACAAUCUUAACAGGAGAGAGAGAGAGAGAUAGAGAGAUGGAGAGAGAGUUGGAGCGAGAGAGCGAGAGUUAGAGCGAGAGAGCGAGAGUUAGAGCGAGAGAGCGAGGAACACAUUGCUGUGUGGUUUGUAAAGAGCAUGCAUGGAUUUUGAAGCAUCAGGAUUUGGUCUUCAACAGCUAUUUGGUCUUAAAUGUUUAAGGAGUGAUUUAGUUUUUAUCAUUAUGUAUUUUACUUUUUGUGUUUCUUUUGUUCUAUAGACUGUUUUUUUGUUGUUUUUUUGUUGUUUUUUUCUGACGGGUCACUGCCUGUACAAACUCUGGACUGUCGGAACUUGAAAUUUGAAAAGUUUUAAUAUAAAUCCUAGCUAUUGUAAUCUUAUAGUCUUACCUUUUGUUUUCUUACGGAUUCAGUGCAUCUACAUCUUGUUUUCUGACAAACUGCUCUCAUUACAUUAUUAUUAUUAUUACUGUUAGAUCUUUGUUUUUAUAUCCCAGCUCAGGUAUGAUGUGCCAGCUUGUGAAUGUUUUUUGUUUUGUUUGUUUUCAUACAAAAAGAAUAAGAAGAAGAAGAAGAGAGGUAGGACUGUCAAUGAGAUAAAGGGAGCAACUCCCUUAUAUUAUUAUUAUUAUUAUUAUUAUUGUUUUAAUUAAGUAUGUAAGUUAGUUAGUGAGCACCCAGACAUUGUACAGAUGAACUUCUAACGUGCCAAACCUUCACAUUCACUCUGGAUGUCUAGUCUUAACUUCCAAUGCUGCAAAAAGUCUUAUUCAACACACGAUCAGCUGUUUUCUAUCUGAUGAUGAUGUCAUGAUGACGUCACUGCUGGCUCCCUCCCUCCCGGCCAAUCACAGGCCGCGCUCAGGGAGGGUGUGUGUUCAUCACACACACUUGGAUCCCUGAUGUAGUUUCAGGAGUGUCUUUUUUUUCUUUCAAUUCCACUGCGUUGGUGCUGUCGUGAACCACAUUACCCAGAGUUCCUAGAGGCCAAACACUUCGUCCUUAUCGUCCUCUGAGCCAAACGCCACAUUUAGUGUUUGAGUCUGUCCAUUUCAGUCCAGCUGCCACAAAGUCUAACUGCAGUAGCUACAUUUAAAACUAAAAAUUAACUCCUUGAUGUCUGUUUUUAUCUUGUGACACAUUUUCAGAUUUUAAUUUUUGCUUUAUUUCAGAGAAAUAAUGAUGUAAAAGUUGCAGAAACGAUAGAAUCCAACUCAAAACCAAAGCAGCAGCAGUAAGUUCACUUUGACUGUGAUACAGUGAAUUUCUUCAUUGUGUUGAAUAGUGAGAAUAACAGAAAUGAUCAUCUUAUUUAAUAGGGAAAUUAUUAUCUAGAUAGUUAUGAAGUAAAAAAUGAGAUAACAUGAUAUUAAGACUAAACAAAAUCAGUUUGAAAAUGUUUAUUCACUGAAAACUACACUGUAAAAAAAAUGUUUGUUGAAAAAUGACAGUAAAACAAUUUCAAUUUUCAUCAGAAAUGGGGUGUAAAAUUAAUUAAUUAAUUGUAUAUCACCUUUUAAUUACCAUAAAUCGAAGAAUACCACAAAACUUUUACUUUUACUGGCUGUAAAAAUAAAACUUACUCAUGUAAAAUUAAUGGAGAAAUACCAUGAUGUCACAAUGACACAAUUACCCUGAAAAUAACAGGAAUAUUCAGUCUAAAUUACAGUUUUUUGCUGAUAUUUACAUUUAGAUUUACAGUAGAAAACCCACUCACUGCAUUUUUUACAGUGAAGUUCUGGCAACCAAAGCUGCUGAUAUUUUACCGUAAAUUACAUUAUUUUUUACAGUGUAAAUAUAAAAGCUGAAAGAAGACAACAACAUUAUAUUUACUGCUCUCUGUUUAUCAUCACUAUUAGAACCUUUUACAGCAAAACUAGAGGGCAGAAACUACAUUUUUUGGGUUCAAAAUUCAAAUAAAUCAUCAUGAUUUUUUAAAUUACAUCAACAAUUCAUGUAACACGUUUAAGUUUUUAAAAAAACUUAAAAAAAAAAUAAUUUUAAAGCAGUUUUUCUCAGUUGAACCCUUUGAUGUUACUGCAGUUAGACUCUGUUCGGAUCAUUUCAGGCAUUUUAGUCUUUUUAUUUCUGCUUCGAGCUGUUAAAGUUUCCUCCUCCUCUACUGUAGAAUAAGAGUUUCCAUCAUUCUGGAUCCCUUUCACUGUAUUUGAAUUUGUUGUUUGAAUCGGUACAAAAUGUUCCUCUUUUUAUUUUUAUUAGCCUGUUAAUAUUUGUAAAAAUGUUUUCUCGGCAUCACAAAAGGCGGGAAAAGAUUCACCAAACAAAACUUGUUUUGUGUUUUAAAACAAAAGAAAAAGAAAAAAGAAGAAUUUAUUUAGAGUUGCAAAAAAGACGUCUGUUAUUUCAGAAAAAGGGUACUUUGUUUUCUACGUUGCAUGUAUAUUUUGAAGACGAGUAAAUUAUUAUUAGAGAAGAAUGGAGGAGAAAAACCAGGAAAGGUUGAUAGUUUCCAGUCAGUUUCUCGUUCUUCCUCUGCAGACACGUAGUUUCUCUCUCUGCAUUCAUUUCACCUGCGACCUCGGCUGCUUUCUCUGUUUUUUUUCAUGUUCCUGCUGCAUAUUUUUC